AUGGAACAGAACUCUGGAUGUCAGCUGUGUCUCCACUACUCUGGCAUGGCUAGCUCGGAAGGGCUGACGGCUCAUGUUUUGGAAAAACAUCCCGAAAAAGCCGACAAGAAAGUGUACGAAUGCUCCGGAUGUCGAUUUUUGUCUGAUCAAGAAGAAGUCGUCGACCGCCACAUCGGGAAAUGUCAUGCAACAGAUUUUCACGUGAAUGUCAUCACCGGUGGAAGUUACCGUACUGUUGCGGAAAAGUGGCUGCGCAAAGCCGAUACAGUCGACAAUCAGGAGAACAUUCCGCACCGUACGUCAAAGCGAACGUCGUUCAGCCCCAAGCCUCAAAAUGGCUUCAAGAAAAAUGGGAGCACGAGAUGCCUGGACUGUGGGGCACGACUGCCAGUGAAUGCCCCUCGAAACUUGGUGGCUCAUCUUUGGAAACACUGCGAGAUGAAGCGCUAUCAUUGCAGCCAUUGCGUCAGAAGUGACAACCAUCGGGCAAAUAUGCGUCGACAUCAAGAGUCCCAACAUCACGGACUCGACUAUACGAUCAUCGACAAACGUCCUGAAAUGAUGACGAGCAGCUUUCUCACCCUCAUCGACGAUUGUUUUCCCGAUCGGAGCACCGAAAUACAGGAAUGGAUGAGGAUGAAACUCGCUUCCAAAGACCAGGGGGACCCCGCUGAGAUCCAGGAAAUUCCUACGAGCCCAUCGCGAGCAAGGGCGGGUGGAAACGAGGAGAAGAUAGCCAGCGAUGUCAUGGAAGUUGAUAGCCCUCAACGAACAACCACAAAACGUAAUGAUGCUGAAGACAAGCCGAUUAUUGUCCCAAACAAAUGCCAGGACUGCGGGAUUUGUAUAACCGAGUCUCGAAACAAAGCCGUUAAUGCACGCAACUUGCUGCGCCACGUCCAUACACAUUUUACGUUUUUGGCCGUGGAAUGUACAGUAUGCGGGCAGUCUUGCCAAAACCGAUCGUCGGGCGGCAGUCACGCCAAAUGGAAGCAUCAAUUGGAUUCGGCUGUUUUGAGGGAGAAGAGUGAGGAAGAGCGAAAAGAAGAGCUGAAGGCCGUCAGUCGAAGCAAUUUCCCGCUACAACACCUCGAAAUCGCGGCCAUCGUGCAUGAGAACGAUGGAGUUGACGGCGAUCCGAAGCAUUUCGCCCCGAAGACAAAUAUUUUGGAUGAGACGCCUGUCUAUGAUGUCGAAGAUUCGGAUGAAGAGCCGGUUUUUUCUGAUGCAGACAUUGGCGACGAUGGCUCUGAUCUGGAGAUUUAUGAGAUUCCACAAUACACCCCUGUACAGCCAAAGGAACUAAAGCCAGAGGUCGGAAUUCCAUGCAGGACGAUUCAGAUACGCGAGGAGCCUGUUCAAACAUUAACUCCACAAGAGACACGUCCGGCACGGCUUUUGAAGGAGGAACCGCCCGCCUCCCUUACGCCGGCUGAAGAGAUUGCGCAGUUGAUGCGUGCUAUUGAGCAACGAGAAGCGGAAAUUGCUCAGUUCAAAAUACGACCGAUUCCGACGCUGCCGGAACUGGAAAAAACGUUGGCAUUGAGGACUACGGAGAUUCGACACGUAAAGCAGUACCAGGCCAAGCUGUACGCGCAGCUGGGCGAAGCGACCGCACAAAAUCGUGUGCUGAAGGAUGAGUUGGAAGAGUUGAGGCUUGUCGAACGGAACACUGUGACCAUUGAC